AUGGCUCCAGGUAGCGGGCGCGACUUUAACUGCUCAUGGGAUCAUUGUGGAAAGUCUUUCAAUCGCAAGUCAGAUCUUUGUCGCCAUUAUCGCAUUCAUACCAAUGAGCGGCCGUAUCAUUGCACCGUAAAGGACUGCAACAAGAGCUUUAUUCAGCGCAGUGCCUUGACCGUACAUUCGAGGACUCACACGGGCGAAAAGCCCCACGUUUGUGACCAUGAAGGCUGUCAGAAGGCAUUCUCAGAUUCAUCGAGUCUGGCCCGCCAUCGCCGAAUCCACACUGGUAAGCGGCCAUACAUAUGCCAUGAGCCUACAUGCGAACGGAGUUUCUGUCGCAAGACCACUCUCACCAAACACCAACACCGCUCUCACCCUCCAGGGAGUUUGACCCGGCCAUCCUCGGAAGAUGCGACCUCCGAGCACUCUUACCACCAAACGCCUGUGUCGGUCUCAGUCCCUAGUGAGCAGUACAUGCUCGCCCAGCAACCUUAUUACCCUCAAUCGGCGACACCAAGUCAUGAGUAUUACUCGCCCCAGAGUGUGCCCAUGGGCACUGUACCGGUUCACGAAGUUGCCCCUCCGAUCGUGUCCCAGAAUGUACCUGUGACCUCUCCGGUAAAUAUGCCACACGCUCAACAGCCACACCCGCAACACCAUGCGCAUCCACACCAACAUCCGCAACAGCAACAACAACAUCAACAGCAGCAACAGCAGCAGCAGCACCAACAGCACCAACAGCACCAACAAUACUUGCAAAUGAUGCAACCACGGUAUGACGCAAGCCCACGCACCAACUACAUCCCAGAACAAUACCAACAGCCGCCUUUUCAAGGCCAUCAACUGCCACCCGAGCAGCCAAUGAUGGUUUCAUACAACCCAAACUAUGCGUACAAGCCCCCAGCCUCCCGGCUCUUGAAUCAAGCGGAGGGGACUGACUGGGGUUUUCUGGGAGUAGGCUAA